GUAAAGUUUCAUCCGAAAAGCAAAGAAACGUCUGGGUAACAAACACAUGACCAAAACACACUUUUAAUCCUGCAGAAAAUCGUAAACAAAGAUUUCAUCAUAUCGCUUCAGUGAGGAUCGAGUGGUGUUGUAGAAAAGGGUGCUCUAUACAUUUUGGCAUAACGCACGGAAAGUACAGCUGCGCCCCCCAUUUCUGAUCAACCUUUCCGAUAAAAUCAUGACUCUUCUUCUGAGAAACCUGCAGAAAUCGGUGACUUUCGACUUGCCAAAGUUGAAGGCCGACAUCAACCUGCUGCGGCGCAUUGUUCGCGCUGAGCGGUACGACCUGGGCGUCAUCUGCAUGCAGGACAGCCAAGUGCGUGAAAUGAACAAGAUGUACCGGGGCAAGGAUGAGGCAACGGAUGUGCUGUCAUUCCCAGCUCAUGAAAGCCUUGCCCCUGGCCGACUGCCUGACCCUUGGAGUGACCUUGCUGACCUAGGAGACAUCUUCCUAGGGAUGUCAUACAUACAGCAACAGUGUGAAAAAGAUGGGACCAAUGUGGACGACGUCUUGCCUGUGAUAGUGACACAUGGACUCUGUCAUCUCAUUGGCUACAAACAUGACACAGAUGAGAGACUAAAACAGAUGCACAAGAGAGAACUGGAUAUCCUUACAGAGUACAACAAGCUCACUGAUAGCAACCUGCGGCCCAUGACAAACGGUCCGGCAGAAAUGAGCAAUUGAAGAAUCGUGGGAGAGGAGGGGGGC